AGUUUCCAUAGAAAAAUAACACUUGAUGCUUGUGGAUACUGAUUGCUCUGCAUCUUGACAACAAAAUGAAUACAGAAUUGAAAGGCAAUUGUUUCAUUUGUUCCAUGUCUUUCUUUCCAUCUUUAUUGGCUUUGAACUUUUUCAGCGAAUGCCUACAUUGAGUUGCUGUUGAUUUUGUCAACAUACUGUUCGUGGGCACAAUUACUCAGUAAUGCUAGUUGGAAAACUAUUUACUUUUCAUUGUCGAUGCAAAACAGGGAGAAGCAGCUCCAAGAUGCCCAGGAACUGACUGCGGCUAAGGGCUUUUCCAUGAAUGCUGCAGCUUCAAAGAAACCAAAAGCAGCGACGAUGCUAUUUUUAAUUUGUAAAUGAUCUAUGCUGUGAUGUGGCUUUUAAGUGUGUGGGGGCACUCCGGUGUAAUUUCUCCCUUGUCCUAAAGGCGGCUCCAGAAUACUUGGAGGCAGAAAUGUAACUAAUUCAUUUCCCAUAUUGUAGAAGAGUGGUAACAGAGUUAGAAUACCCUGUGAAUACACUGAUAUAAUUAUGCUCUGUUUAUGUAACGAAAGCACAGCAAUGUGAACAAAUGCAAUGACGGUCAGCUCGUACUGAGCAUCACUCUCCUCCCUGACACUGGCCCAUUUUUACGAUCUUCAAAGGAGGCCAUUUGGUUUCUGGUUCCUGUGUCAGUUUUCUGAAAGAGAAUCUGCCCCGUUACCCCCUUCUUUAAAUGACUUGUCCAAUAUUCAUUUACUUCUCUGUUCGACAUUUAGACUCGAACCCUGAUUCUGAGGAAGCUUUCCACGUCCUAAGAACUUUUUGCAUAUGCAAAGAUUUUCCUCACCUCCCAUUUGUCUCUGACAGAUGGUCUUGAACCAAAGCCCUCUAGUUACAGUCUUGGAAGCCAAUAUCAAACCCCCUAGUCGUUUUGCAGUCUCUCUGGAGCAGGUGUGCUGUUGUUUGAGUUCCUGGCUGACUUCAGUCAAAGCCAGGCUACAUUGUGGAAUCCACACUCCUCCAAUAUCAAACGAUGGUCAAAAUAAAAAGACGUUCCCUCGUGGAUAACCGCCGAAUUUGAUUCUUUGUAGCGCAGUACAUUAAAAGUGUCAUAAAUAUCUCGCCAGUGUUUGCCAGUAAGCAGACAAUCAUGUCAGGAGUCUGAGAGAGAGAGACAGAGAGGGAGGCGGGACGGACCUGUACUGGUUGGCGGUGCCUUCACACUGGCACAUGUACUGAAAUGCUGCUGUUGAAUUUUGUGGACUCGGUUUGUUGCUCAUUCUGCCUGAAAAGUGGAAGGCGGGCACAUGCUGACACUGGGCACCCCUCCACCCACGCCUGCUUUUGGAAACCGCGCCCGUCUCCUGAAAGCAUUGUCUGUUUCUCACAACCGUUUAUCUUAUACUUUAAGGGGCAUUGAACUCAGUCCAACCCCCGGAGCAACGGGAUGCUUAUCAACUGAGCAGAGCGUUUCGGUUUUGCGGGUUAUGCAAGACCUAAGGAAUUGUCGCUCCUUUAUCAUUGUUGGUUCAUUAGUCCCGGUCUGUCUCACCUAAGAGGAGGGCUGAUACAAAGAAAAUCUUGUCUCGAGAAAGGAAAGAUAGCAAGCAGUAAGGCUGAUAUAUACUUAUGUUUGGCAGUAAAAGAAGAUUGAAAGUAGGUGGAUGAUAAGGAAAGAACUGUCUCCCUUAAAGAACUAGUGGAAGUAAAAGAUUGAAACAAACUGAGGACCCACCGAAUAUUGGACCAAGAAAUCAUAGACAUAGCAUUACUAAAGUGUAGCUGUUCUGAGUGCAUCGGGUUGAAACAACUGAUAUCCUACCAUGUCAACAGCCCUGAAGCAGGUAUUCAAUAAAGACAAGACCUUUCGGCCAAAGAGGAAAUUUGAACCAGGUACUCAGAGGUUUGAACUCCAUAAGAAAGCACAGGCUUCAUUAAGCUCAGGAGUGGAUCUGAAGGGAGCUGUUCAACUGCCCAAUGGUGAAGACCUUAAUGAUUGGAUUGCUGUUCAUGUGGUGGACUUCUUUAAUCGAAUUAACCUGAUUUACGGGACAAUCUGUGAGUUCUGUACUGACAGGAGCUGCCCUAUCAUGUCAGGAGGACAGAAGUAUGAAUAUCGAUGGCAGGACGAUAACAAAUACAAAAGACCCACUGCCCUUCCAGCUCCUCAGUACAUGAGCCUCUUGAUGGAUUGGAUUGAGGUUCAAAUCAACAAUGAAGAAAUCUUCCCGACAAGCAUUGGAAUCCCCUUUCCCAAGAACUUCCUUCAGAUCUGCAAGAAGAUUCUGUGUCGACUCUUUCGAGUCUUCGUCCAUGUUUACAUUCAUCACUUCGAUCGGCUUGGCACCAUGGGAGCAGAGGCACAUGUUAAUACGUGCUAUAAGCACUUUUAUUACUUUGUAACAGAAUUUAACCUUGUAGACCGCAAGGAAUUAGAACCUUUGAAAGAGAUGACAUCGCGGAUAUGCCACUAAAUGGUUAUAGAGAUUCCAGUUAACUACAGAACCCAGCAAGCAUCAACCUGCAAGCAAUACAUCAGCUGUCUCCUCUGCUUGCAUCAGCAUCACUGGGACUAAUACUUCAAAGACAGAUAAAGCCCAACAGCAACCUCAGGCAAUUUUUGUGUAUUUGUGUUGGUAAAAUGUCUGAAUACUGAAAACAUUGUCUCGAACUGGUAUUAUGAAAAGCACUCUGUAAUUUUAAACUGCUUGUUCCCUUUUAAUUUUUCAACAGUCCAGCUUUUGACUUAAACUGGAUCACUGCCUGCAAGUGGUAUAUACAAUCCAGUGCAUCAGUAUGUAUUGUUUAACAGACUUCAGUCUGACAGCUGAUAAUAGUUUUAUUUAGGGCAUAGUUAAUAGCCCAUACCUAUCAUCAUAACAUGAUCAGUGAGAGAGACUGAGUCCUGCAGUAAACUCAAAAACUCUCUUUUUCUAUGUCUGCCUUUAAAUCUAUCUACCUUCAUGAUCAGAUGAAAGUUUCCUUUUUGAAUUGGGUGCACAAAGUAGCAGAUUUGAAGAGAUUGGAGUUGACAGAACUAUUUACUAGCUCGAAACUCUGAGGCAAACCCAGUAUACUCGCUUAGUUUCAUGUCACCCCUCAAUGCUAAAGGACAGUGAAAUUAGCAUUCUGAAAUUAGCAUUCUUUUUCUCACUAUUAUUCUCCUUUAUUCUGAUGUGCUCACUGGCAUGUAGUUCUUAUUCUCCUUCCUAUACUGACCUGUUUGCCAGGGGUUGUUUGCUGUUGCCUGAAAUCUCUCUUCUGCCCACCAUCCAGCUCAGGCUUCCCAUCAUGUCCAGGUGGGAGUCUCUAGCAGACCAGGCCCAACAGCUAAAAUCCCACAGACCUCAGGGUACACUGCAGCAAAUGGUUUCCCAUUCAGCCACAUAACUCUUGCCGUUAAAAAUCUGAUACUUAAGAUUCAGCAGCUAAGAGCAGUCUGAAAUGAUGGGUGACAAUAAUUCUGUCAUACGCAUUCUUGACAUAGGUAUGCAGUUUCCACAGGCUACAAUAAUUAGAGGCAGGGAUUCUGGUUCCUUACUUAGCGUGAGGUUAAUUGAAGCUUCUAUUCCUGCUCCAGUGCACAUUAACCAACCUAACACAGCAAAGGGAAUCAAACCUAGAGGUCUAUUGAAAAAGUAGUUCAACAUCAGUUCACCUUUUCCCUUUUCAUUUCAAGCACACUCCCAGUCCACUCAAGUCCUCUUGGCUUUAAUUGAAUUUUCCAUAUUUCCCUACUUCCAAUCCUUUUAUUUUUCUGGAUCUAUUUACUGUUUUACAAUUUAUGCAAUAGGAGACAUUGUUUCUAAAUGUCUAGCCUAUUGAAUCCUUUUAAUGUUUUGUACACCUCACUCACAUCAUCACUUAAUCUGAGAAGGGCUGAGUUUAUUAUGAACACCGCCACGAGGUGACACAGUGCCCAUUGCUGCCAGGAACCUAUUCUGCGUUUUCUGUUUUGAGUUAUUUUCCAGAGUAUGUGACCUACAUGCUGUCCAAUCCAGAUGUUCUGUCCACCUAGCCAGAAACUCACUGACUAUGGAUCUGACAAACAAGCAACUGUCCACCACCAGGACUUACACUGCGUGUGCUCUAAAUACCGUUUGGUACAGAGCCUGUCCACUGCCCUUCACACAAUGGCAGAUAGUUGCUCAGCAGGGGAUGGGUUGCUCCACUUCACCCCAGCUUCCUUGACACUCCGAACCCCACCCCACCACAAUCUCCCUAGUUGUCUUGCCUCCAGUUCGCCUGGCGUCUUGUCCUCCAGUCUUCCCAUUGCCUUGCCAUCAGUCCCUUCCUCAACAGUUGCUCCAGAAAGGACGCACAGUGGGUGGCAUCAGUGUAUGUGCAGGUGCUGAUAUUACUGUGCACAGACCGCGGUGACAUCAGCGAUGAAUGUACGGACACUCUCGCAAUCUGUUAUGACCAGCUGACAUCAUGGACCAUGUGCGAGUGGUGUGUGAGGGGCAAUUUGAUGGCCAUAUUGGAGCAUUCAUUCCGAUCUCAGAAUGCCAGCCAGGUUAAUAAAAUCUAUCUGAAUAUUUUCACUUUCUUCCUCACAAGCUGUUGGUCUGCUUUAUUUCUGGUUCUGAUAGGUAGUCAGUGAACUGAAAGGUUAAUCCUACCUUCCUCUCUUCACAGAUGCUGCUUGGCUGACUGAGGGUUUUCAGUAUUAUCAGUUUUCAUUUUAGAUUUCCAAUGUUUUCUUUUAUAAUUUAAAUGUGUUGGUUCAAACCAAGUUCCUUUCCCAUUAUUCCACAGCGUUAAGUCAAACAGCUUCAUAUGCCACUAUUUCUCAUUGUCUCACAGUCUUAGAUGUCAGUGAUUUUCCUUACCAGCUACAUUCAAGUAGCAUUCAGUAUUAAAUGGAGCUUUAUAAUCACAAAGAAGACAUUCCUGUUAUCACUUGGAUAGCAUAGACUCAGAAUGAAUAAGAGAUGUAAAAAUUUGAGCUUUGAGCUGUCAGUAUUUUGUAAAAUCUCAAUAGAAUUUAGAUUUGCUUCAUAGUGCUUCUUACCUUUAAAUUCAUAGAAUCAUAGAAUCUGCAGUACAGAAGGAGCCCAUUCAACCCAUCAUGUGUGCACCAGCUCCUGAAAGAGCUACCCAGCUAGUCCCAUUCACCAGCCUUAUCUCCAAAGCCCUCUAACUUCAUCACUUUCAAAUAUAUAUGUAGUUCUCUUUUGAAAUCUCCUAUGGAUCUGCCUCUGCCUCUCUUCCAGACAGCAAAUUCAAGAUCCUAACAACUCUCUACAUAAAGAAGGAUAUUCUGUUUCCAUUAGUUGAUCUGUUAAUUAUGAGAGGUCACAAUUUCAAGACUGUCAACAAGACAGAUAGGAAUGAGAGGAGGAGAAAGUUACUACUUUUAGUUAUUGACAUAAAAAAUAGUGGAAACAGAAUAUCCUUCUUUACCCUGUCAGAAUUGUUAAUAACUUUGAACAUCUCAGUAAAGUCACCACUCAAGCUUCUCUGCUCCAAGGAGAAUGACCUAAUUUCUCUAAUCUUGCCUUAUAUGUAAAAUCCCUCAUUCCUGAUAUCAUUCUUGUAAAUCUCCUUUGCAUUCCCUUCAGGGCUUUAAUGUCCUUUCUGAAAUAAGGUGCUCAGAACUGAACACAAUACUCCAAAUGUGGUCUGACUAAUGAUUUGUAGAGGUAGAGCAUCACUUCUUUGCUUUUAUACUCUAUGCCUCUAUUGAUAAACCCAAGGAUCCUAUAAGCCUUCUUAACAACUGUUUCCAUUCGCCUGGCUACCCUAAAAGGAUUAUGCAUGUGAACUCUGAGAUCCCUCUGCUCCUGAACUCACCUUAAAGUUGCAUGAUUGAGUCUGUAUUGUUCUUUCUACUAAAAGGCAUUAGUUCCCAUUUUUCUGCACUGAAAUUCAUCUGCAAGGUGAGUGUCCAUUUGGCCAACUUGCCAUUGUCACUCUGAAGUCAAUCAGCAUCGUCCUGUUGGCACCCAUCUCCAAGUCAUUUAUAUAAAUCAGAAAAUGUCCUGACACUGAUCUCUGGGAAACAACACUUUGAACUUUUCUCUAACCUAUGAACUGCCCAGCUAUGCCUUCCCUGUGUUUCCUAUCUUUUAGUCAACUUUUAAACUAUGAUGCCAAGGACUCAAAAUCCUGAACAUUUCUAAUUUGCUAACCAACCUGCCAUGUUUUCUCAAAGUUCUGAAAGUGCAUUAAGUGGCUAUUUCUAGGUACAUUCUAAGAAACAGCUUUAUGCUGAGGAAAUUAGUUUUUCAGCAUGCUGAAACAAUUGGAAUGGCAGACUGAAAGGUGGCUGUAAGAAUGCAACCAGAUGAUGGAAAUCAUUAGACAAAUCAUCGCUGCCAAUUACAUAUUCUGUACCAGCCAAAGCUGAACAAAAACUCGGUAAGCCAGCAAGUCCAUUGUAAAAAAAAGAUAUUGCAACAUGGUAAGCUGCAAUUAUGUUUGGUCAUCAGACUUCUUACACACUGAUUUCCAAGUGGUCUAGUUGGAAGUAGUUUCUAAGGCUAGCUCUGUGGGAAUGAUGGUCAAGCCAUACCGAAAGCAUUCUUGGAAGCCACCAGCAGACAUUUGCUAAGAUGGUGACUUUCCUUCACUACACUCAUUUGAAUCAAUAAUAAUCCACUCACUAAUCAGAAAAAAAAAUGAUUUUGACUUAUUUGUUUAUGUUCUGUUCUUUACAGUGAUAAGGAGCAACAGAUGCUUUAAGAUCAACUUGAGAUUUAUCCAGUACAAUGCUUAUUUAUUGAACUUAAGAUUUUAGCUGAUCCAUACAUUGUGUCAAGACUUUUACCAUUCUAUGAUUGAUUCUGAGAAGGCUUAACCAAGUAGAUGACAAUAGAAAUGUUUAAAGAGUGUGGUGAGGCUGAAAGUUUUUGAAUGAUACAAGGAGAAUGCUUGUUGCUCCUUGCAAUUAAUAAAGUAUUUAAUUGGUAAUCUGUUUUGGGACUCUAUGUGGUUAUGAAAAGCAUGAUGUAAAUACAAGUUCUCUUCAAUCAAAAACCUUGGAUGCUGAAAAUCUGAAAUAAAAGCAAAAAUAUCUGGAAAUAGUGGGUGAGACAGAGAUCAUGAAGCUAUCUCUUUCUUCACAGAUGUUACCUGACCUGCUGAGUCUUCGUAGGAUUUUUAUUUUCUGUUUUUGUUCCACAAACAGUAAGUCUUCACUUAAAGUUAUGGAUAUGUUCCUGAAAACACUGAUAUUAAGUGAAACAUGAACCAUCACAUGUUCUGUAGAAUCAUCCUUAUCAGAAAAGAGCAGAUAUUAAAACAUUACACCCUGUAAGUUGGAAUAUUUUAUAUUGUCAUAUUCCUAAUUUGGUAAAUCAAACUUUUGAGACUUAAAUAGGUUUACAGAUAUAGAAUAAAAGUGCAACUUUCCACUUACAGUGCCUCAUCCACACUGGCCAUGCUGCAUCUGAAACCUCCUGCUCCCUGAUUCUGCAAGUCACUGCAAUCUGUCCCUGCUCCUCAACCUUCAAGAUGUGGCCUGUCCCCUAUUUCCAACCUCCAAUUUGCAGUGUGUUUCCCAUCCUUGAUCAACUAACGCACUAUUCCCCUUUCCUAGACAUGUGCUGCUUUUCAAGAUCCAGAUUCAAUUGUUAAAUGGAGCUCCAGUGUCAUGGAUGUGCACAUUCUGAUGGUUCCAAAAUGCUGAGACUUUUACAAUCCAUGCGUUUUUAAAUGCUUUCACUCUACAUUUUCCUCUCUUGAACUCUCGCUGAGAGAAAAGGUUUGGGAGAAGAGCACCGAGACAAGACGAGCUGUGAAGAUCAUAAAAAAAAAAUAGGGUGAGAGGAGGGGGGAAAUGAUACAUGGAUGAGUUUUGGAAAAGUAAGUAUCUGCAACUCAAAGUUGGGGAAUGGCAAGGUGCCUCAACUGGGAAGUCAAAAAGGAAGAAGAGGCCAUAGCUAGAAUGUUUGCAGUGGGGAAGAGGUUGCAUAUGGUAGGUUUGGAAUGAAGAUGAGGCCACAACAGAGAAGUUGGGAAUAGAGAAAGGCUGCAACUUGAAGAUUGAGGAAGAGGAGGAAAGUUCUCACGCUGGAAGUCAGGUAGAGGGGGCACCAAUUGGGUCAUGCUGGAAACUGCAUUAAAACAAAUCUUGCAAUGCUCUACAAAAUUACACGUGCUAUUAACUUACCGAUGUAAAAGUGAAACAAUGUUAAAGAAGAAAACUUUAAAUUAAGACUUACUGUAUUUUAAAUGUAUAUCUCUCACAAUUCUGUUAGCAAGUUAUGGAGAUAAUCUACAGUUUUGUCUUUUCAUUAUAAUGGAAAAUUUCAUCCCCUUCAUGUUCUCUAAAAUAUUACUGGAAGUUUGUAAGAACAUACAGCAAAGACAUGAUGUAUGUUAGCAAACUGUGUUUUGCAACUAAACUGUUUGAAAUUUUCUUUGGAAAUUAAAUGUUGAUACUAUGACCCAGUAAUAAACUAGAAUUUAACCACUAAUUUUGUUUUCUGUGAUAAAAUGGAAUAUUUUGUGAAAUCAACAUUUGAUAACAAAAUAUUUUUUGUUUGUUUGCUUGCUGAUGAUACCUUUCCAGGUUUAAGCCUUCUGAUUCUAGAGUUACGUUUUAAUGAGCCUAAAGUUAAUCUUGAAGGAUGAAAUAGUAUUACACUUAAUAAAACCCCAAAAUCUCCACAUUUAUUAUAUUGCAAUCCUAAUAUAGCACAUCCAUUCCCUCUUUAGCACAGAUGAAAUUUAACCUUCUCUCUGUAUUAACUGGAAACUUUAGGCCCCAUGCUAUAUUUUAAGAGAAUUCCAGAGAGGAGGGUUGCAGCCAAUGAUGCACAUGUCCCCCUUGUAACAAUACCAUCUGCUUUGCAAGUAUUGUAUGAAUUAUUCAAAAAGAAUAUUGGUGAGUUAACUAAAGUUUGAUCAAUAAUCUCAUAAAUGCUCUGAGGCUUCAAACAACUUGUGAUUCUGACUCUGGCAAAACUGAAAUCCAAAAAUCAGGAGAUCUACUCAUUGAUUACGUUUUCAUUUUGAUUAAUUGUGAUUAAAAUCGAGAUGUUUCUGCAUUUAGAACAAAGCGAUUGGAUUUUUUUUACAUUCAGUUCUAUUGAAUCACACAAAGUUGAUUUGUAUUUAGUUGAGGUGUUGAUUAAGAGGGGUUUAUUUAAUUUACUUUCCCAUGUCCUACUUAAAUAAAAUUUUAUUUUAAACUAAA